GCCAGAAUGCAGUGCCUGCUGCACCCUCUCGUGGUGUCCCUCCUCCUGGCAUCCGUGUGUGGGAACCUCGGCCCUCGGGGUCAGCUUGAUGGUGGAGGGGGAGACCCCGAGUCUGCGGACCCCCGGUGGGGGCAGCUUAAGAGUGGAAACCUGAGCAGACCCCUCCUGCCUGCCGACUUCCACAAGGAGAACACAGUCACCAACGAGUGGAUCACGGACGGGGAAGAGGACGAGGACUACCUGGACCUGGAGAAGAUCUUCGGGGAGGAUGACGACUACAUCGACAUCGUGGACGCGGUCUCGCCUGUGGACCCUGGGACUGGCGCCGGCAGCGUGCUCCAGCUCUUCCCGGGCAAGAGCCGCAUCCAGCGGCUCAACCUCCUCAACGCCAAGUUCGCCUUAGACCUCUACCGGGCGCUGAAGGAGCGGGUCGGCGCCUCGGACAAUGUCUUUCUGGCGCCCGUAGGUGUGUCCGCAGCCAUGGCCAUGCUCUCCCUGGGCCUGCGUGGGGACACCCACGAGCAGGUACACGCUGCCCUGCGCUUCGCCGACUUUGUCAACGCCAGCACCACAUACGAGCUGGGCACCGUCCACAACCUGUUCCGGAAGCUGACCCACCGCCUCUUCCGGAGGAAUUUCGGGUACACGCUGCGGUCCGUCAGCGACCUGUACAUUCAGAAGCAAGUUCCAGUCCUGGACGACUUCAGAGCCAAGGUCCGACAGUACUACUUCGCCGAGGUCCGCGCGGCUGACUUCUCUGAUCCCGCCUUCAUCUCCCAAACCAACCAGCACAUCUCGCGGCUCACCAAGGGCCUCAUAAGAGACGUGCUGGAGGACAUGGACCCCGCAACUCAGAUGAUGCUCCUGAACUGCAUCUACUUUAAAGGGUCCUGGGUGAACAAAUUCCCAGCGGAAAUGACACACAACCACAACUUCCGGCUGAACGAGCGAGAGGUGGUCAAGGUCCCCAUGAUGCAGACCAAGGGGGCCUUCCUGGCGGCAAGCGACCAGGAGCUGGACUGCGACGUCCUGCGGCUGGAGUACAUGGGGGGCAUCAGCAUGCUGGUGGUGGUCCCGCACAAGCUGUCUGGGAUGAAGACCCUCGAGGCCCAGCUGAAGCCCCAGGUGGUGGAGAGAUGGCAGAAGAGCAUGACAAACAGGACACGGGAGGUACUCCUGCCCAAGUUCAAGCUAGAAAAGGACUACAACCUGGUGGAGGCCCUGCGGUCCCUGGGGGUCACAGCGCUGUUCGACAGGAACAGCAAUAUGACGGGGAUCUCGGACCAGAGGAUCGUCAUCGACCUGUUCAAGCACCAAGGCACCAUCAUGGUGGACGAGGAAGGCACGCAGGCUGCGGCCGUGACCGCCGUGGGGUUCAUGCCAUUGUCCACCCAGGUCCGCUUCAGCGUCGACCGGCCCUUCCUGUUCCUUGUCUAUGAGCACCGCACGGGCUGCCUGCUCUUCCUGGGCCGGGUCGCCAACCCCACCAGGUCUUAG